AUGGAAGGUUCAAAUAGUUGGACUUUGUUUCGGACAAUGUCUUUUAUAUCAUCACGUGCAAAAGCGUUUAAAGAACGUUUUUCACACAGGCAAAGAUCUUUGUCCGAUUCAUGGAUGGAUCAAACAUCUUUGGAUUAUACACACAUAGACGAUCCUUCCGGGCAACCCGUAUUCGAAGUCGGUGGUUCGAUGCAAAGUUUAUUAGAUGAUAAUAUUCAAUGGGGACCUGCAAUCGUUGUUCAACGUUCAAAAUCACUUGAAUCCGUUUCUACUCAUCAUAGACCCUCAAUAACGACCAUUUAUUCUCCGGCCGUACCACUACAAUGCACGCAGUCUUCCGUAUCUAUAGCCGUUGCUCUUAAUUCAAGAAGAUCAUCAACCAUAAUGCAAAGAUUACCGCUUCCCAAACCGAAAGAACAACUCAAUGUGCCUAGUAGUUGCGAAAUCAUACCGCAAUUUUUCAGUACUCCUCUAUUGCAAUCCCCAAUGACGGGAGAUGCCGAUACGGAUUUGCUAAUGGCGGGAGGUUCGGAUACCAAUCCCGUUUGCGACGAUGUUCAAAUAAACGUUGCAAAUUCGACCACGUUACCACCGAAACAAAAAACUUCUAAAAUUCAUUAUCCACCCAUGACACCCAUUCUUUCGAGAAGUAGACCAUGCGUACCGAAAUCAAUACAUUCGACGUCUUGCACUCAAAUAUCAGAUUCACAAAUACCGAGAAUACCCGGACCUCCUCCGACACCGAAAAAAUUAAGGCCCGUAUCGGCGUGUUCGUUAGAUCCGGGAGCGUUCGAAGUACCCUCGCUAUUAGAUUUUACAAGUAACGUCGUAGAACCAAUAGAAGGUACAAAACCCUUGAUAGACAUGUCUUCACCUCCACAAAGACGAAAGUCUAGACCAUUUAGUUGCGCGUCAUUCGAUCCCCUAAUUGGUUUCGAUGCUCCAACAAUACAAGUUCAACAAACAUCAUCCAUACCCAAUUUAACCAACGAUGCCUAUAAUUAUCCGGCAAAGAUACCCAAGAUAAAAGCUCCGCCAUCUUUUCCAAAAAAUACAAAAACCUCCGAGAUCAACCGAUCUUUAAACCCUUUUACAGCGGAAACAACCAACGGCGUCGAUAUAAAUAUUCAAUCGACAUCAAUUCCAAAUGUUAAUAAGACAUCUGACAAUACGUCAAAACCAAAUGACACUUCUUCUUCAAAUUCUAAUUUUCUUAUUUCUUUUGAAAAGACUGCAUCAUCACCGUCGUCGACGACGACGACGACGCAAGUUCCGUUAACGGUAGACGUGACAGAAGAAUCGGAUGACAUUUUAAAAAACGUCAUUUCAAGAGUUCCAUACCGUAAAAAAAUGUCUAUUUCAUCGUCGAAUUUAAAUUUAUCAUUGGAUUUUCGUAAAUCUCCAGCACCGUUCGAUCCUCAAGAAUGGAAAAAAUACGUCGAAGCCACGUUUCCAUCGAUACAAGAAACCGGCGAAUGCAGACGUUGCAGAGCGAGGGGAUCCGAUAGUUCCAUUCUUCUACCGACCAUAAAGAGUUUGGUCGAAGGAGGGAGGAAGGAAAAAAGAGGGUUGAUGAAAAACGUAGAUUUAAGAAUGUAA